AUGCUUGCAAGAAACAAUACUUUUGGGUUGGCGACCCUAAGGCGAAGCAUACUCCAGCAGUCGCUCCGCCGUCAAAUACAUAUUUCGAAACCUUUUUUACCCCAUCGGAGUAUUUUCAUCAAUCCACUGUAUAGACGGCAAAUUAGACUCUACAGUAUUGAGAAGCAAUCAAAUUCCAAUCCAAAGGAAAAUAAACAUGCAAGUAACCCAAACAGCAUAAAAAAUAGUCACAAUGGUUCAAUUGACUCCAAAUUGGCCGAGAAUGAUCCGAAUAAAAUAGCUCCGAGCACCAAUCCACAUACACAUCCAAAGGUGUUCAACCCCACCAAAGAGCAACUUCUCGCAAAGGCGACUAAUUUCUUUUCUCGGCUUCGAAUAAGAUUCAAAUGGCUAAUGAAACGCUCUAAUCGACCUUUCAAUACCGAUGACUAUUCAGCAUUAUUCUCCUGGUUGGUAAUGGGGAACGCCCUUUUGUUCUUCUUGGCAACUACCACCUUUUUCUCCUUGGUAAUAUUAACUGCAAACACAGUUCUUGCUCAGGAGUUUGUUGCUAGGAAGUUAGGUGAAUUUAUAACUAAAAAUUCCAAUUUGACCGUGGUGUUCGAGCACGCUAUAGUUCCAGGUUGGUCUGAUGGUAAGAUAAGUUUUAGAAAGUGCUUCGUAAGUAAGAGACCAAAGGUGCUGAAGACGUUUAUAAAGGGUUCACUGAGUGAAGCUUAUGCUGCUAGUUUGAUCAGAGAAAGUGAGGAAGAACAAGCGAAGUUGGAAGAUGACGGGAAUUACACGCAAUAUGAUGUAACUAUUGAAGAAGUUAAUAUCUCGCUAUCAUUUAAAAAAUGGGUGAACGGAACAGGAAUUGUAGAAACCAUGGAAAUUAAAGGGCUUAGAGGUGUCGUAGACAGAACUCAUGUCCACUGGGAUCCAAAUGAUGAUGCAAGAAAUUACAAGAAUGUAUAUCAUCCGGGAGAUUUUGAAUUUGAAGAUUUCAAAAUGGAAGAUGUUCUUUUCAAGUUGAAACAACCAAAUGGAUUUAGAGAGUUUGAUGUAGCAAUUUAUAAUUGUGAAUUGACGAGGUUGCGUAAACACUGGUUGUUUUAUGACUUUUUGAAUGCCAAUAUUAUGAGUGGUAGUUAUGAUAAUCUGUUAUUUACCAUUCACAAAAGGCAAAGGUUAGAUGAUUUCAGAAUCGAUGAAACAUUUGCUGAAGAAAGUAAUCGAAUCAAGCAACACUCAGAAUCAGUUGAAGCAAUAGUAGAUUCUCACUCUGACCCAAGCACCAAAUCUCAAUUUCAAAGAGUCACCCGACUCAGAGUGGAUUCUUUAAAUGUUGAUCACCUCAAUACAGGAUUGGAAGGACCCUUUGGCUGGAUUACCCAUGGGAAAGUUGAUAUGAUAGGUGAUUUAAUGGUACCACAGGAGAACAAAGACUUGAAUGUAAGUGAGUUGGUGCUGAUAAUUGCCGAAUCCAUUAGAAAGGAGGCCACAAGAUAUAGGAAUCCGGCGGUUACUGUUAACAACCACCAUAGCCAUCUUCCUCAAAACCCUUCCUCUACUAUCACUACGGAGGAUAUUCUCAACUAUUUUGUGCUUGACCUUACUAUUAGGUUAAAUAAUGUGAAGGCAUCAGUUCCUUUCCAAACGCCUGAGCUCUCGUAUAUAAACUACGCACUCAUCAGGCCAAUUGUUGCGUAUAUUAAUAUGAAGAAUACCUUUAUCGAGAUUCAUAACAGAGUGGUAAAGAAUUUAGACGACUUCAGUGGUUCGUGGACCAUUUACGAUUCUUUGCUCAUGGACGACAUAUCUGCUGAAGUUUACGAUAAUUUUGUUGACUAUGUUGCAAACGAAGAAGCAAGGCUAGUCAGGAUGAAGAAGUUUGGAUUUUGGUCGUUACAACUAUUACUUCAACUUAUGGUGUUUGGAUUGGGUCUGUUGACAUGA